UGCUUAGAAUAAUAAUAACUUUUUCUCAGUCUCUCUCAUACUCAGUGUUUGUUUUUCUUUUUCCAACUCAUAGUUUCUUUUCUGGUACAAAUAAUCAAUCAAUCAAUCAAACAGUCCUCAUCUGCAUCUUCAGCGGGCCAGGCCAGAGGCAGAGGCAGUAGCAGCGAGCGAGCGUCCUCAAUAAGUAGUUAAGUCUUUUUUUCCUUUUGACUGUUUCACACUCGUCGACAAUGGCAGUGACUGAACCCAAGAAGAUCAUCAUUGACACCGACCCUGGCAUCGAUGAUGCCAUGGCCAUCUUUGUGGCAUUACAAUCCCCGGAGGUGGAAGUGAUUGGACUUACUACCAUAUAUGGAAACGUUUAUACGACUCUGGCCACAAGAAAUGCCUUGCAUUUGUUGGAGGUUGCAGGGAGAACUGAUAUUCCUGUGGCUGAAGGAUCUCAUGUCACAAUAACUAAAGGUACAAAACUUCGUAUUGCUGAUUUUGUUCAUGGUGCGGAUGGACUUGGCAACCAAAAUUUCCCCCCACCAAAAGGAAAGCCAAUUGAACAGUCAGCAGCAGCUUUUCUGGUUGAACAAGCAAACCUUUACCCUGGAAAAGUCACUGUGGUAGCAUUGGGCCCACUUACAAAUAUUGCACUGGCUACUCAACUAGAACCUGCAUUUGCAAAGAACAUUGGGCAGAUUGUUCUUCUUGGUGGUGCUUUUGCAGUCAAUGGGAAUGUGAAUCCAGCAGCAGAGGCCAACAUAUUUGGGGAUCCAGAUGCUGCAGAUAUGGUAUUUACAAGUGGAGCAGAUAUUUUGGGUGUGGGGAUAAAUGUUACCCAUCAAGUUGUAUUGACAGAUGCUGAUCGGGAAAAGUUGGCAAGGUCAAAUGGAAAAUUUGCUCAGUACUUGUGCAAAAUUUUAGAUGUGUACUUCUCCUACCAUCGUGAUGCCUAUAGCACAAAAGGAGUUUACCUUCAUGAUCCCACAGCACUUCUUGCAGCUGUUAAUCCUUCACUCAUCACUUACACAGAGGGUGUUGUUAGAGUACAGACAAACGGCAUCACAAGAGGACUCACAAUUUUGUACAACAAACAGAAAAGGUUUGGUGAAGUGACGGAAUGGUCUGAUAAACCCACGGUGAAGGUUGCAGUGACGGUUGAUGCUCCCGCAGUAGUCAACUUGGUUAUGGAACGCCUCAUUGACUCUUGAUGAAUUGAACUAGUGCUGAUGAAAUUAAUGCACUCUGAUGAUUGAACAAAUGUUGGCAUCCAUUUCAUUUUCUUUACAGGAAAACAACACAAACAUGGUUGAUCAUGUUCACGGCAUCUGGUUUUGGAUGCUGCCUGCUGCUGCUGCAUUGCAUAUAAUACAUUACCAUCUUCAUGUGUACAAUAAUAAUAACCAUUUACGAAGAAUAAAAGUGUUUGUUUGUAUUGUAGUCUCUUCUGGGGUGAGGGUGGCAAUAAUCAAUGAUGAUGUGGUAACAGUUUUGUUGUGGCAACUUG